GUCCUUGGGGGUAUGAUUGAGGCAAAGUUGGAUAAGUUUCUUGAUGUUAUGCUUGAAGAUAAAAGGCAAGAAAAACGGGCGGUAAUGUCGUGCGAAUGGUGCUCGAAUACUAGCCACGAGAUAGCGGAGUGCCAAGCAAUGAAGGAGGCAACCACUCCGGGAACGAUAGCUGCAACCACUACAAAGAUGAAGCUAAGUCGAUUGAGCACAUCCUAAGAAGUUGCACCAAAGCGAAGGAGAUAUGGAAUAAACUCAAAAAUAAAAUGAAAGAAAAGAAAAGAAUGUGCAGCUACUGCUGGAAGAAUGGCUCUUGAAGAAUCGUAUGGAUGAUGAGAAAGGGAUCAACUUUGGGCUCAUUUUUUGGCACCUCUAGAAGCAUAGGAACGAGGAAGUUAUGGAGGGGAAGAAGUUCUCUCUCCAAGGACUAAUGUGCAGCAUCAACGCAAGGUUUAACAGCAUGAGGAAUGCCCAUCAGUACGUGGAAAACACUUCAUUGAAGGCCAGGAAAGCUAUCCAAACAAAGGGAAUUUUCUGGAAACCACCACUUGUUGGGUGGAUUCAGAUCCAAAGUGAUGAAUCAGUCCACAAUGGAAUAGAGAAAGCUGCUCGAUUACCUACGCUGAGCAGAUGCAACCGAGCAUUCAUCUGCAAUUUGGAAAGCUAUUAUAUUACCUACGUUGAUCUGAAAGGUGCUAUUGAAGGCCUCAAGAUUGCAUGGGAAGAGGAUAUAGAAAUAUUGAGCCCAAUCUUGACUCGGAGACAGCUAUCUCCAUCAUUAGGAACAACGCGGAUGAUGAUAAUAGACAUGGCCAGGUUGCUGCUUUGUUUCGCAGCCUUUUGAAAUGGGAUUGGGAUAUUAGAAUCUCACAUGUGUAUAGAGAGUCGAAUUAUGCAGCUGAUUACCUUGCUAGUUUAGGUCAUGACUCCCCUUUUGGCACACAUUUCUUCUAUGUGUGCAACCCGGGACUUAGAAAUUGGUUCUACUAUGAUAUCAUGGGCAUUGACCAAGAACGUUCUAUUAAUUUAAUGCACUUGAUGCAAUGCGUCAACUCUUCUACCAAAAAAAGCGAUAAAGGGAAAUUUUAUUUAUUCUCUCUAGUGGGGGUUCUCUUCCUCGUUUAUCUCUAUUCUCCACUUAACCCUUUUCAUUGUUAUGCCUCGUCAGAGACGUACUCCCGGGGGAAAGAGAAAGACGAUGCUAAACCACUAAUAUAUAAUGCACUCCUACAUAUCUUCGAUCCACUAUGAAUACACGAAAAAAUGAACCACCAUCAUCUUCGACCAUCUUGUUGAUUAUCGUUUUAAAUCCCAUCGUCAUUUUGGCGUGCACGAAGCUACCAUAAAAUGCCCUUGCAGAGAGUCGAACUAUCGCAAACCCAACUGGUCUAUUUGGUUCCAAGCGGUGGAGAGAGCGGUGUGUAUUUGGUGGCAGGCGUGGGAACAAGGAGAGUGGUACCUGCAGCAAAUGGACGAGAGAAAGGGGCCAGAGGAAAUAGCUGUUUGGGAACUAUGAAUUGAGCCGAGAUAAAGGUAACUGGGCGGAAUACACAUUGAGCUGGACAAAAUUCGGGCUCCACUUAAAUUUAAUUCAUGCUCUAUAAUAAAGGAGUUUGCGAAUUUUUUGGCCAUCCCAUAUGAAUUUGCGUUUCCACGCUCUAGAGAGGGAGCGGCGACCCAAAAAUGGCUAACCAGGUUACCUAAGCCCUCCCCGAGUCGCCCAAAAGGGCUGCAUUUGGGAGGAAAAUAUCCAUAAAAUCAGGCUCCUCCAACCGAAAAUCCUAGUCCACUUAUCCCUUGCCCCAGGUUUCAUCCCUUCUCCAGCCUCCCCCACCGCUCAACCACUCCCGUCCCCCUCAUUCAUCCUUCGUCCUCCACCUCCGUCCUCGAUCUCCACGUCCCGACCUCCGUCGCCCUCUCUGACCUCCGCCUCCAUCUCUCCUAGAGAAACCAAGAAGGUGUCGGCCGCCGAGUUUGCGAGAACUGAACAAGGUGCAGAUAGAGACAAUCGCAUGAUUUGUCCAUCUCCAAAGCAACUCCACCUGCAGCGUGCUCUUCCCCACUGACCACCGCCGCUCCUUCUUAUUCGCGAUGUGCAACAGUGGACUUCCUCGAUUUCGUCUCUUUUUCUGGCGGCGACCGUGGAGGAGGUUUGGAGGGUAGCAGAAGCAGAUAGAGGAGAGAAGACGAAAUCCUGAGUUUUUUUAUUGUUGGGUAAAAGGUGGGACAAGAGAAGAGAGAAGAAGAAGAUAAAGAAAACGUGUGGGUGUGGUUCUUUUCUUCUCUUUCUUUCUUAUAAUUUUUUUAAUUUUGUUUUUACUAGAAAAUGUGUGGGUUUGGUUCUAUGUUCCAUGCCAGACUGAAAUUUUGGUUCGGUUAUCAAUUUUAAGUGAUUGAAAAUCGACCAAAAUUUCAUUUUUAAUAAACUCGGUUAAUCGUGCUUAUAACAUAUAACUAACUAGUUGGUUACGUGGUGGACCGAGUGCACCCGUUGGUCGGUGUUCCGCAGUCAUUAGAGGGUCCCUCAGUUAUCGGUUAAACCAAAACCGACCGAAAUCUAGCCUUAUCAAUGACCAUCAUUGAAGCAUCUAAACUAAAGCAUCCAUACAUAGGCAAUAGGCAUCGAGAUUCAUAUAGACAAACUCAAGCGUGAGAUGAAAUCAUAGCAUUCGUUCACAUAACAAUAAACAAGUUCACAUCUUCAUACAAUCAAUUUUGACUAGGUACAUAGAAGAGAAGGAAGGUACCACCAUUGGUGAUGACACCAUAUCUUUAGCUGUAGAUUUUCCUACAAAGACUAUGUUAGAACUUAUACAGAGUGUACGGAUAAUUUGUGUGUUUGUGCAGCCUUACUAAACUAAUGAGUCAUGCCCUCUAUUUAUAGGGAAGAACCCAUUCUAAAGCAUCCUAAACCGACUAGGAAAGAGUCUCUUUCUCCUCGUGGGCUAAGUAAACUAUCCUAACAAGGUUAGGGUUUCGGCGGUGGGGCACCACCUCUCUUCUACUUCGUGGGUUGGGCUCCUUUGACCUUGGACGACUCCUACUUUCAAUUUGGGCGUGUCUUGACCUUUCCUUCGUAGCGGUGAUUGGACCCGAUGUUGGGAUGCCACUCGUUCUUUCUACAGGUUGGGCCGAGUUUUACUCCUAUGGGCUUGUCAUGAGGUUAUUAAGCGACUUUUAGUUGACUUUUCCCUCUUUGGACCUCUUCUUUUCUCACGAAAGUCCAUAAUUUUUCUUGUAUAGCUCCUUCGGUCCUCUAGAGUUUUCCAAUGCUGGAUCCAGUCUUCCUUAGGCUUCUUUGGACCUUCAAACCCAUAAAAGAACAUACACAGAAGGCAUAAAAGAGUACAACAUAUCCUUGGUUUAGUAAAGGCCGAUUGAUCAAAUAGUUUUGGUUUAUAUAGGAAAUUCCAUUUAAAUAACCAAAGAUGCUUUGAGAGAAUGGAAAAUUGUAUCAAUAAUAGGAGUGACAAAAGCAAUGAAUAAAGUGUCACCAACCUCAAUUAGAUCCUCUGCGGCAAGAACCCAAUGAAGAAGCAAAUAACUUUUAUAGACUUUUCGGCGAGACUCAAACGUAGACCUGGCAAUCGGGUCGGGUUGGAAAUCUCGAGUUACGAACUUUCAUGGGCUGGUUCAUGUUGGGUUGGUUGAUUUCAGGUCAAAUAUUGACCCAAUCCAUCGGGAUCGCGUCAGGUUUCGAGUAAUUUCGGGUUAUGAGCGUUCUUAGAAACAAUAUCAAACAUGCUUUAUAAAUUUUAAAACAAUAC